CGGGGAGUUCCAGGUCCCGCCCCAGAGCAGACUUCCUGAUCUGCACACAUCCCGGGUGAGCGAGAGCAGCAGAGGACCCCAGAGCCAUGGGGCGCACUCGCGACGCCAUCCUGGACGCCCUGGAGAACCUGACUGCGGACGAGUUCAAGAAGUUCAAGCUGAAGCUACUUUCAGUGCCCCUUCGCGAGGGCUACGGGCGCAUCCCACGGGGGACACUGAUGUCCAUGGAUGCCAUAGACCUCACAGACAAGCUGGUCUCCUCCUAUCUGGAAGAGUACAGCGCAGAGCUCACCGGGAUCGUCCUGCACGAGAUGGGCAUGCAGGAGACCGCAGAGCACCUGCAGCUCAGGUGCACAGGCCCCGCUCCAGGGCCUGCUGGGAUCCAGGCUCACCAGACCGGAACCUCGCCAGCACCGCACUUCGUGGACCGGCACCGGGCCGCGCUCAUCGCACGCGUCACAGACGUGGACGGGGUGCUGGACGCCCUGUACGGGAAGGCCCUGUCAGCCGGGCAGUAUGAGGCCGUGCGGGCGGAGCCCACCAACACCAUGAAGAUGAGGAAGCUCCUCAGCUUCGCUCCGGCCUGGGACACCGCCUGCAAAGACCUGCUCCUUCAGGCCCUGAGGAACACCCACCCCUACCUGGUGGCGGACCUGGAGAAAAGCUGAGGGGUCUCCCCCAGCAGCAGCCCCACCCAGAAUCUGGGGCAGUUCCAGUACAUUCGCCCAAACCUGACUUUUUUAUAUACAAUAUAUGAAAAGCCA